GCCGGACUUCCAUUUCCACCGCCUGCUGUUGCUCUGCGAGAGCUGAGGGCUAGCUCGCCCCGUUGCGUCUUCCAUAGCUGCCGCAAAGCUACAGUAGCGUGCGCAUGUGUCAGGGCAUCGUCAUCGUGUUGGGAAUGCGAAUCUGAGCGAGCUGUUCCAAUCGCCGGGCGCCGGCUCCCAGCUCAGAUCGAUCCCUCGAACUCUCAGAAUCGGUCACACCCAGAGUGUUUUGUUCGCAAGAGAGUAGGAGCCAUUUGCGCGCACCCAGUGUCCCAACAAGCUGGGUAGGACGUCAAUGUAACACAUGUACCUACCACUAUUGCUACUCUCCGGAACACUGCUGCCGAGCCACUCAACAAGAUCGUUCCCGCUGUGCUCGGCUCCACGACCACGACCACAGCUGUGUUCUAGAGCCUCCGGCAUCGGACUCAUGGCACGCACGCCGCAGCGCCGUUGCUGCGGUUCCUGCAGGCCCCGACACCAGCCGGACAUCGGCUCGGCACAAGGCGCGCGCCGGGGCUGCUCGGAAUCAUUGGAGCCAUCAGCAUCGCUCGCUGGACAGAGACUGGGGAUGUCGGCUGUUCAUUCCCGUCGUGGAGCUCCAGUGCUGAUUCUCUCUCUCUCGCCUGGGGGUAGGACGUGUAUCGCAGGGCGCUCCAGCGUGCGAUGAACCACGCCGAUAAGCCCCUCAGCAUGCAAUGCUGGAGCCAUACAUGAGCAAUACAGGUCUCGCGCUUCGGUUCCACGUCCGAGUCAAUUACUGGGAUUGAUUGAUUGAUUACAGUACAUACGGAUCAAAACACGAUAUGUCGGAACAACCGCCUGUCUCUGUCCCACCGUUUUCGAAAGAAAACUGCUCCGAGUGUGCGCUCGAGGCGUCGCUGGGCCAUGCGUGGCUGGAUACUUCCCAACCGCUUAGCUGCAUACCACGGCCCACAUGAAUGUGGAGCGAGCGAGCGCAGCGACACAACGAGCACGCUAGCGGGCUGGAUCAGGUUUUAUGAUAGAUGCUUUCAAACGCCAUUCACCUCCUUGUAAAUCAUUGAGCGCUUCGAAGUCCCCGUCUGGGCGCUCUGGCUCCACUCGGUCUGUGAGUGGCAGGCUCUUUUUUUUCUGGGCGCUCUGGUCGUGCGAUCCGUCGAUGAGCACGAUCGAUCUACCCUGGGUCCGGCCUGCCACUGUCACGUUCACCUACCGUGUCUGACUUUCCUCCCUUGCACGUCUCAUUCCAGAUUCUAGCCAUCCAGCCAUCCGGCAUUCAACCCCGCCGGUGUGUCUUCUCUUCCUCCUUCGAGCCGUGGAACCAGCGAGCUGCGCAGCUGCGAAUCAUGGAGACAGACCUGAGAGGCCACGCUGCAAUCGGUCUUUGGAAACUGGGCGUAGUCCAUUGGAACACAUCCAUCUUUCGCGCCGAGCGGGUGCAAUGUUACGCAGAGCCCGGCGCGUGCUUCUUUGCGCGGCACGGCUCUGGGUAAUUACGUGACGUGACCCUUCGCCCCGUCCUGCGUCCAAUGGCACCGCUCACGGAGGGUUUCUUGAUCAUCAUCGUCGUGUGGGAGCGCCUGGCCGGCGCCGGCCCCUUUGCGCGGCUUUUAUAGCUCCCUGGGUGGGGAUAUGCGAUCCCUUUUGGCAUACCCCCUCCUCUCACCACCACCCCCCCUCCGCUCCGCUCCGCCAACGCGUUAUGUCCGGAGACCCCUCCCUCACGAAUGCGUCGUUGCCCGUCCCUGCGGCGCUGGGGCACGAUCUGAGCAAAUUCGGCCGGGACUUGAAUCAAGACGCGGUCGGUGUGAUAUGGGAGUCGAUGUUCGUCGGUGCUUAUGGAGUCUUUUUUAUGCUCGCGGUGUAUUCCAUCUUUCGAAAAGGGAUGCGCUCGCGAGGCUCGUACAUCAUGCUCGCGGUUGUGAUCUACCUAUACGCCACCUCGCUUACCCUCUGGGCCCUGAACGUCACGUCGUUGUUUCAAACGACGCGCGCGCUGCUUAUGAUAGAGGAUCAGACCGCGUCCGUCAACGACCGCAUUAACCUGGCGAACGAGAAGCUGAUGGUCCUGGGGAAUCCCAUGGAGGCGUUGUUUAUGUUUAAUAUGGUGGUCGGCGACGCGGUGGUCAUUUGGCGCGCGUGGGUGCUGUAUCACGGCCGCUGGUGGAUCGUCGGCAUGCCCUGUCUCAUGCUGCUUCUGUCUCUCGGCUUCAAUAUCACCGAUAUCGUGUGUCUCACGCAUGCGGGGUUCAGCACGAACACCUCCAUCGCGGGCGUAGGCGAUAUAUGCCCACACGCAGAGCUCAUGUCCUGGGCCUUCUCGCUAGGAACAAAUUUCAUAUGCACAGUGCUUAUCGCAACGAAAGCCUGGACUCACCGCAGGUCCACACGCAAUCUUCACUCAACCGCUUCCUCUGGGAAUCGCCCACGCCGCACACUCUCGACGGACAAGGUGCUCGCGCUGCUCGUCGAGUCCGGAUUCAUCUACUGUUUAUUCUGGCUGACACAACUGAUCCUCUUCUUCGACAUCCCGCGCAGCUCGCCCGCGAUCUACGUGUACGAGCUCUUCGCGGGGAUGGGCGACCAGAUCUCGGGCCUGUACCCGACCCUCAUCAUCGUCAUCGUCAACUUCCACCGCACGAUCUGGGACUCGGACGACGGUGCGUCGCGCAACCGCGCGUCGACGCAGUCCGCGACGGGCUUCAGCACGAUCCGCUGGGCGCCGAAUACGCCGCAUCUGCUGUCGCCCGAGACCUCGCCCGCGCCGGAUACGGCCGUGUUCGACACGAAGACCGGGGGCACGCGCACGCCGAUGGAGAUGGACACGUUCCGCGGCAAGUAUGCGGAGUCGCGCGACGGGUCUGUUGUUUGAUGCGCGGUUUGGCGGAGAGUGGGCGAAUGUAUAAUUGAAUUCUAUGGAACGGACAAUGGACAUGCGAUUUAGAUUGUAGCCCCCUACUCUAUCUCUGCCUCACUCACUUACUAAUUGCCCCCUUUCGAGUGAUUCAGUCGAUCAAGGGAUGUGUGACCAUGUACUGUACUUACUUAUUACCUAUUAAUGGCUUUCCCGGAGACUUAGCGCGAGUCCGAUAUCCGUAACAAACGGACUUUUACCUUCUGAGCAGAACAAGAAUGUCGAUAUGAUGCGAUUGGCUAUCAUCUGGGGGUAUUCCGGGCUCAUAUCGCGGGGUUCCGAAUUGGACGGAUACCGCGUCGUGCGCAGAUAUUCCCGGCCGCUCACUAGGCCUUCUGCGCACAUACCAGGUCCCUGGAUAGAUGUGCUCGAGGGGCACGAUAUUGGACCCUUCUUUUCCGGUAGCUGUGAUCCACGGGAAGGAGGAAAUCGAUUGCGACGACCCGGGACCAGACAGGGAGAUGCGAUCAACUGGUUCGAGGUUACGCUUCUUGGGAAUGGAAAAAGCCCUGAUCGCGUCGAAGACAGACGAGUUUCCGCAGCCUUGGUUCAGGCUGGCAAUACAUGGCUAAGAAGGGUUCAAACCCGGGUUCGACGGCCGGACUGUACCUCACUCAAGUCGUGCUUCAGGAACCAAUGCACCGACUGAUUAGGCACUUCCUGCCCAGAUCGCCUGCGAAGAAGCAGACGCGGAUCUCUCCCCCCUCCCCCCAUCUCAUCUCGAGAUCAUCCAUCUUUUGAGAUGCGCGAACAGGGUUCUGUGCCUCGGGGCAUCUCCGGACCCGGAUCCGAGGCCUCUCCUUCUUCCGAGUACUGAGUCCGAUUGUACAAGGGUGGGAGACGAUCUCUCCGGGGAAGAACGGACGGAUGACUAGGGUUAUACUGAGGGGCUUGGGAGCACCGCAUUCGCGCACGGGCGAGGCGUGUGCGAGCUCUCAGCAAAUCUCGAGCGAGGAGUGGGACAGGGAAAUCUGUGUAUUAUUGAAAACCCUGAUUCUGGUGCACUAAAUGUCAAAUAGGACGUGGUUGUGCAGGGAUCAUUUUUGGGUCAAAAAGGACGGUGGGCGAGCGCCCCGUGAAACGAUCAGGGACAUUUCC